GUACAAAUAUAAUAACCGUUGGGUGGUCAAGAAUACAAGCCCAUUUUAAUAAACCAAGUGUGGAGUGUGAUGGAGGGCCGGAGUAAGUUAAAAAUGCCGCCGCCUCAUCUUUUGCUUCCAUUCUCAUUUGGUUAGACCACCGGGAACCUAAGCUUCUGUCUUUCACGUCUGCCCUCCGGUAUGUCGGCGUCAAAUGCUUUCCGGUGGAACCUUUGCUUGCUGUGCCUGCUAUGUUUGGUCUGCUUGCCCUCCGGCGUCACAUCCGACGAGAUUCAACUUUUACUCAAAGUGAAAGCAGAGCUUCAGAAUUUCGACACCGACGUGUUGGAUUCCUGGGAAUCGAAUGAUUCCGCAUGCAAUUUCAGGGGAAUCACUUGCAAUUCGGAUGGUAGGGUCAGGGAAAUCGAACUCUCCAAUCAGCGGCUAUCGGGAGUUGUUCCUCUUGAAUCAAUAUGCCAGCUUGAGUCAUUGGAGAAGCUGUCACUGGGGUUCAACUUUUUGCAGGGAACCAUUUCCGGGGAUUUGAACAAGUGCGUUGGAUUACAGUAUCUGGACCUGGGCAAUAAUUUAUUUACGGGUCCUCUUCCAGAUUUCUCUUCCUUGAGUGGAUUGAAGCAUCUGUACCUCAAUAGCAGUGGAUUUUCGGGUCUCUUUCCAUGGAAAUCUCUUCAAAACAUGUCCGGUCUAAUUUCGCUAAGCCUCGGCGACAAUCCAUUCCAGCCGAGUCCUAUCGCAGAGGAGGUUUUUAAGCUUUAUGAUUUGAAUUGGCUUUAUCUCUCGAAUUGCAGUAUCAACGGAACACUUCCGCCUGAAAUUGGAAAUCUCAACAAGCUCAUAAAUUUAGAGCUCUCUGAUAAUUACUUAUCCGGUGAGAUUCCAGCAGAGAUUGGGAAGCUCAGCAAGCUGUGGCAGCUGGAGCUUUACGCUAACGAAUUGACAGGGAAAAUCCCUGUUGGAUUUCGGAAUCUCACCAAUCUCGAGAACUUUGAUGCUUCCGAUAACAACCUAGAGGGCGACCUAUCGGAGUUGAGGUUCUUGAAUCAACUAGUUUCGCUGCAACUCUUCGAGAACUCAUUUUCUGGACAAAUACCGGAGGAGUUCGGAGAGUUUAGGCGACUGGUGAACCUAUCACUCUUCUCCAACAAGCUCUCCGGUCCUAUUCCUCAGAAGCUUGGUUCUUGGGCAGACUUUGAUUACAUUGACGUGUCUGAGAAUUCCUUAACCGGUCCAAUUCCGCCGGAUAUGUGCAAGAAUGGGAAGAUGAAGGAGCUUCUGAUGCUUCAGAACAAGUUUACGGGUGAGAUUCCAGUGACUUACGCCAGCUGUUCCACAUUAACUCGUUUCCGGGUAAACAACAACUCGCUUUCAGGCACAGUUCCUGCCGGAAUAUGGGGAUUGCCCAAUGUAAAUAUAAUUGACAUCACGAUGAACGCGUUUGAAGGUUCUAUUACUUCCGAUAUUGCAAAAGCAAAAUCUCUCGGACAACUCUUCGUGGGAAACAAUAGGUUGUCUGGGGAAUUGCCAGUGGAGAUUUCAAAAGCUUCAUCAUUGGUGUCAAUUGAUCUGAGCAACAAUCAAUUCUCCAGAGAAAUUCCGGCUACCAUCGGUGAACUAAAAAUCCUGGGUAGUCUCCAUUUACAAAACAACAUGUUCUCUGGUUCAAUACCAAAGGAGUUGGGCUCUUGCGACUCUCUCAGUGAUCUGAACAUUGCUCACAAUUUACUUUCCGGCAAAAUUCCUUCUUCACUCGGAUCUCUACCUACUCUCAAUUCUUUGAAUUUGUCCGAAAACCAACUCUCCGGUGAAAUUCCGGCAAGUUUGUCAUCUCUCAGGCUGAGCCUUCUCGACCUGUCCCACAAUCGGUUAACUGGACGCGUGCCUCAAUCUCUUUCCAUAGAGGCCUACAACGGCAGCUUCGCGGGAAAUGCUGGCCUCUGCAGCCCCAAUAUCAGUUUCUUCCGGCGGUGUCCACCGGAUUCCCGCAUGUCGAGGGAGCAGCGGACGCUCAUAGUUUGUUUCAUCAUAGGUUCAAUGGUCUUGCUGGGCUCGCUGGCAGGCUUCUUUUUCUUGAAGAGUAAAGAAAAAGAUGACCGGUCGUUGAAGGACGAUUCUUGGGAUGUGAAAUCAUUCCAUAUGUUGAGUUUCACAGAAGAUGAGAUUCUCAAUUCGAUUAAGCAGGAUAAUCUCAUCGGAAAAGGCGGUUCCGGAAAUGUGUACAAAGUGUCACUAUCAAACGGCAAUGAACUUGCAGUGAAACACAUCUGGAAUUCAGACUCCGGCGGAAGGAAAAAGACCCGGAGUACCACGCCCAUGCUGGCAAAGCGUAGCGGAAAGUCGUCGGAGUUUGAUGCGGAGGUUCAGACGCUGAGCUCUAUUAGGCAUGUGAACGUGGUGAAGCUGUACUGUAGCAUUACGAGUGAGGAUUCAAGCCUAUUGGUGUACGAGUAUCUACCAAAUGGGAGUCUGUGGGAUCGUCUACACACUUCCAGGAAGAUGGAGCUUGAUUGGGAGACAAGGUACGAGAUUGCAUUGGGGGCUGCCAAAGGAUUAGAAUAUCUACACCAUAGCUGUGAAAGGCCUGUGAUUCAUAGGGAUGUCAAGUCUAGUAACAUUCUGUUAGAUGAGUUUUUGAAGCCUAGAAUUGCUGAUUUUGGGCUCGCCAAAAUCGUUCAAGCUAAUGGUGGUGGUAAGGACUCCACCCAUGUCAUUGCUGGAACCCACGGCUACAUCGCUCCUGAGUAUGGUUACACAUAUAAAGUAAAUGAGAAGAGUGAUGUAUACAGUUUUGGAGUUGUUUUAAUGGAGCUGGUGACUGGGAAAAGGCCAAUUGAGCCUGACUAUGGAGAGAACAGGGACAUAGUGAGCUGGGUGUGCAGCAACAUCAAGACUAGAGAGAGUGUGCUAAGUAUCGUAGAUUCAAGAAUUCCAGAAGCACUAAAGGAAGACGCAGUGAAGGUAUUGAGAAUUGCAAUUCUCUGUACGGCAAGGCUUCCAGCGCUGAGACCUACAAUGAGGGGCGUGGUUCAAAUGAUAGAAGAAGCAGAGCCUUGUAGACUGGUUGGCAUCAUUGUCAAUAAGGACGGUGUUACUAAGAAAAUGGAAGGCAAAACAGAGAAAUUCAAUCCAAGCCCCUAACUGUUUCUGAUAUGGGUCAGUUAGUGGAGACGAAGUCCUUCGGGUUCAAGUUUCAACUCAGGGAAAAUGUUCUGCUGCCCUGUUGUAUCAGGUAGCAUUAUGUAAAAUUUAGGAUGUGAGGUCACUUGUAAAAUAUUUGGCUAGAGACUCUAGUAUAAUCUUUGUUGAUUGGGAAGAAAAAACUAGAGUCGGUGGACCUCUUUUUCUUUCUCUUUUGUAUUAAUAAGAGGAAUGGGUGGAAGGAAAUGCCAAUAACCUAUGGAUCUUGUGUUCUCUGUAACUAAGAUGAUGCAUGUGUAUCUUGCACCGGAUAGAGAAUCAAGGUGGUAGCUUUCCAAAAGAAGCAUGGUUAAUGAAACAGAGAAUCUUAUUUUGUCAAGGAAUU